CGGAAACGUCCCGUCAGCGAGGGAAGUGUGUCACAGCAGGGCGGAAGUGCCGCGGAGGACUGGGAGUCUGUGCGAAGAGGCCACGCGGGAACAUCGAAAGGAAAAAGAAUGAAAUUUAGCUUCAGGUUCUCGAAUCUGCUGGGGACAGUUUAUCGCCAUGGAAACCUGAGCUUUUCACCAGAUGGAAACUCUGUCAUCAGUCCAGUUGGAAAUCGGAUCACAGUCUUCGAUCUAAAGAACAAUAAGGCUGACACCUUGCCACUUGCUGCUCAGCGAAACAUAGUUUGUGUCGGGCAGUCUCCUGAUGGAAACCUAGCCAUCCUUAUCGAUGAAGAGGGUGAAGCCCUGUUGGUCAGUCUGAUCAGUAAAUCUGUUCUGCAUCAAUUUCACUUCCACGCCCGCGUGCACAGUGUCAGCUUCUCACCUGAUGGCAGGAAGUUUGUUGUGAGUAAGCACAAUGUUGUUCUGAUGUAUCACGCUCCUGGCAAGACCCGCGAAUUUAACCCCUUCGUGCUGGACAAGACUUACUUUGGACCCUAUGAUGAGACAACGUGCAUCGACUGGACCGACGACUCAAAGUGUUUUGCAGUUGGCAGCAUGGACAGCAGUACCUGGGUAUUUGGAGCAGAGCGCUGGGCCAAUCUCAUUUACUAUUCGCUCGGCGGGCACAAAGAUGUCAUCGUUGCCUGUUUUUUUGAAGAGAAGAGUUUGGACAUCUACACACUGAGUCGGGAUGCUACGCUGUGUAUGUGGCAGUGUGAUACAGAACCUGAUGGUCUUCAGCGUCAACUCUCAAAGACCAAGAGCAAAACAGAGACUGAUCAAAGCCUAGACAUCCGUGGGCAGAGCGCAGACAUCAUUCGUGGAAAGGCAGAGUCAGAGCAGGAAAGGAUUGGGAAAGUGAAAUACUCUCGAGUUGGAAAGCAUUUUUUCAAUAAAGAGAAGGAUUUCAAUGAUCUGACAGCUGCUGCCUACCACAAGAAAACUCACCUCCUGGUCACAGGGUUUGCUUCCGGGAUAUUUCACCUCCAUGAGCUGCCGGAAUUUAACCUCAUCCACUCUCUCAGUAUUUCAGACCAAAGGAUCGAGUCGAUUUCUGUGAAUGUGUCUGGGGACUGGAUUGCUUUUGGGUGUCCAGGUCUGGGGCAGCUCCUGGUUUGGGAGUGGCAGAGUGAAUCUUACGUUUUCAAACAACAAGGUCACUUCAACAACAUGGCCACGCUGUCGUACUCCCCAGAUGCUCAGUACAUUGUCACAGGGGGAGAGGAUGGCAAGGUGAAAGUUUGGAACACGAGCAGUGGUUUCUGUAUUGUGACGUUUACUGAACACACAAGCGCUGUCACUGCAGUCACCUUCAAUUCUACAGGGUUUGUGGUGCUGAGCGCCUCUCUGGACGGGACAGUCCGAGCAUUCGACCUUCACAGGUAUCGAAAUUUCCGAACAUUCACAUCGCCACGACCCACUCAGUUCUUCUGCUUGGCUGUGGAUAUGAGUGGGGAGAUUGUGUGUGCUGGCUCACAGGAUUCCUUUGAAAUUUUUGUCUGGUCGAUGCAAACUGGUCGCUUACUUGAGGUCCUGGCCGGGCAUGAGGGUCCAGUCAGUAAUCUGAGCUUCAGCCCAUCACAUACACUCCUGGCUAGUGCAUCCUGGGAUAAGACGGUGAAAUUAUGGGAUAUGUUUGAUAGCUGGAAAACAAGAGAGACACUUGUCCUGAAUUCAGAUGUUCUGGAUGUUGCAUUCCGGCCAGAUGGGAAAGAGCUGGCAGUUGUCACUCUGGAUGGUCAGAUCACUUUCUGGGACCACCAGAACGCAGUACAGACCGGUUCCAUUGAGGGGCGCCACGAUCUACAGAUGGGCCGCAAGGAGUUGGAUAAGAUCACGGCCAAGCAGGCAGCCAGGGGGCGGUCCUUCUCCACUGUGUGUUACUCAGCUGAUGGACUGUCAGUACUGGCUGGUGGGCGCUCCAAAUUCGUGUGUAUUUACAAUGUGAAAGAGCAGCUUCUGGUGAAGAAGUUUGAGAUUUCGUGUAAUCUCUCUCUGGAUGCAAUGGAGGAGUUCCUGGAUCGGAGGAAGAUGACUGAGUUUGGAAGUAUGGCUUUGAUUGAUGAUGGUGCUGGUGAUGAAAAUGGCGUGGCUAUCAGUCUGCCAGGAGUGAAGAAGGGUGACAUGAGCUCCCGACACUUUAAGCCGGAGAUCAGAGUGACUUGCCUGAGUUUCUCACCGACAGGAAGGAGCUGGGCAGCGACCAGCACAGAGGGUCUGCUCAUCUACUCACUGGAUGGUUGUGUGGUGUUUGACCCCUUCGAUCUGGAUGAGGAAGUCACCCCAAGCAGCGUGAGACGUGUUCUGCGUCAGAAGGAGUUUACAGCUGCCAUCAUGAUGGCGUUCCGUCUGAAUGAGCACAAGCUGAUUCUGCAGGUUCUGGAGACAGUGCCGCACGCAGAGAUUGACCUGGUGUGCUCGACUCUGCCUCUGAUGUACGCAGAGAAAAUCCUUCAGUUUGUGGCCUCGGCUCUGGAAACCUCACGGCACCUGGAGUUCUUCCUGACCUGGGCCCAGCGUUUACUCACUCUCCACGGACAGAAGCUGAAGGCCAGUUCGGUGGUUUUACUGCCAGUGAUCCAGGCUCUACAGAGGAGCAUCCGACAUCACUUUGACACAGUGUCCAAACUGUGUGACUGGAAUCGCUACAACAUGCGGUAUGCACUCGCCCUGUCCCAGCAGAGAGGAAUGAAACGCCCAGCAGAAUUGGCAGAGAGUGAUGAAAACAGUGGCUCUGAGGGGGACAUCGAGCAACUGAUGGAUGCAAGUGACUAAGCUGGGAGUUCCCAGAAUGGUGACUGCUGAUUUAAAACAAUCUCUGGUUGUCCUCCAGCAACAUCCGUGGGUACAUCACAGUCUCAAACUAGCAGUUACAGCAAGAGCACAGUCAUUAAGUGCCACUUGUAACAUGGCAGUGAGGUAACAAAACAUGGGCUGUACGCUGUGGGGUAUUGUAAAUGUCGAGUGGUUAAGUUAUGGAGUGUAAACACAUUCACAGUGAAUGGAAAUAGUUCUUUCUGAUGGGCUGACCAGUGGGGAAAUGUAGAAAGACUCCUGCAGUAUAAGUUUCCAAAGUGGGAACUGUCCCUUCUCCAAAACUGUGACUUUUUGAAUGUGGAAGGAAAUGAACCAAGAAUGCCUCACAUGUUCGACACUCUGACUGAGAAUGCUUCCUCCCAAUGUAAAUGAUGUAUAAUAAAUGUUUAAUAAAAAUGCGGCUGUUUGUAUCCAUCACACUGUCAAAU